CUUCAGCGGGUGCGAAUCAACUCUAGGGCUGUCAUGAUGUAUCUGGGGCGUCAAAGUCCGGCAGGAAAGAAAUGGAAUGGGCGACCUCAUGUCUUUCGUCGACCUUUCCGUUACCUGAUACAUUUCCACGAUAAAAUGAAAGAAGCUCUAGCUGAGCUAGAAGAAUCGGCUUCAAGUGCUGAUUCGAAGUCUGCCGACUCACCGCAAGCCCAGGAGUCGAGUACAGAUAAGGGUAAAGAAAAGUCGGACUCUGAAUCUCUCGGAAUAGAGUCUCUUUUUACUCAUUCCGAUACCUUGGCCGAAAUGAGACUCUACAUCAAGUUCGUCGAUGAAAUGAUCAUGCCGGAAUAUCAGCGCUUCCAAGAUCAAGAUAUCAACACUGCGCCUACGAAGAUCAGAUGGGACCUCCUAUGGUAUCUCUUCAAACCUGGAGAUUUAGUCUAUGUACCCAAUCUUAAUAGCGGUGUCCGAGCUCGAGUCCCCAUGGGAUCUCAUACUGAUCAGAUGGUAUGGAGGAUAUAUCGAGCUCCCUUCAAGCAGUCGGUUAUUGAUGGCUGCAGCUGUGAAUCUUGCCUCAAGAUGGACUCAACCUGGUCAAUAUCUUGCUACCACAUUGAUUAUGAUGGCCAAAAUUAUUCUGCUGUGGGCAGAACUAUCGAGAUUCCCUCAUUCGAGGGGGAGCGUGAGAUUACACAGCUGCCCUGUUACCCUAUGCGAUACGUCAAACAACGAGAUGAGAUAAUGGAGAGAGGCCGACAAUACGGCAGCAAGUUUAUCGAGCACAUCGAUCCAGCCAAAAGAUACAGCUUCUACCGCGGCUGGACGCUCAUUAAAACACCUCUCGGCCAGUCUGUUGAAGACAAAAACGGAAGAGUCAUGACAAGCCCUGAACAUAUCGAGAGUGAGAUUCUCGUCGACUUCGAAGAAGCCUUCAAUACAGAUCCGUCGUGGAAGCCCGACAUUCUGGCGGUGGAAGCGCUGACUUACAGAGUUGUCAUAUCAGUUGACAAUGAGAGCCCGCUGCAAGAGUGGCAUGACGAGAAGCGCACCAACCUCAAGGAUGCAUGGGAGGACAAACUGAUUACUGAAGACGGCGUCGACAUAAUCCAGAUGAAUGAGUUUAUUGAAACAGAUUUGCUAUUGAGGAAAAAGAAGGAUAACGAGAACGAGCUUGAGAUUGGAGAACUUGAAGGUGACAACCUGGCACUUCUGCCAAGACGACUCUUUGCAUAUGCCCUCUGGGAGCGCAAAUUCGUGCAGGUUGACGUUCGAGACGUUUCGUUCCCCGAGCUCAAAGAUAAGGACAGAGCCUUUGAUAGCCUCCAGAUUCCUGGGGAACACAAGAUUCUGAUGCAAUCGCUAGUCUACUCUCAUUUCAAAAAGAGAGUCAACGAAGGCACUGUUGAGAUUGCAACCCAGGAUCUCAUUCGCGGAAAAGGAAAGGGGAUCGUUUUGCUACUCUUUGGUGUACCCGGUGUUGGUAAAACAGCUACUGCUGAGGCCAUAGCUCAAAAAUUUGAGAAGCCUUUAUUUCCAAUCACUUGCGGAGAUCUUGGCUUCACGCCUGAGAGUGUGGAAAGGUCUUUGAGCGAGAUAUUUCGUCUGGCUCAUUUGUGGGACUGCGUCCUUCUCCUAGACGAAGCGGACGUCUUUAUCACACAGAGAGAUAGGAAGGAUUUGGAAAGAAAUGCUCUAGUGUCUGUGUUUCUGCGUAUGCUCGAAUAUUACAACGGCAUUCUGUUCCUUACCACGAACAGACCUGGCGUUCUUGAUGAAGCAGUCAAAUCUCGAGUACACUUGAAUCUUCACUACAACUUCCUCACCGAGGAACAGGUGGUCGCCAUCUUCAAACUCAACAUUCAGCGACUUAAAGAAAUUGAAGACCAAGCCGCCAAGGCUCCCGGACACACCAAACUUUUCAUCGACGAGACCGAUAUCAUUAGUUUUGCCAGCGACCACUGGAGAAACCACACAGAUGGUAUUGGGCGAUGGAAUGGGCGACAGAUUCGUAAUGCUUUCCUAAUCGCCGCAUCGUUGGCGCAUUAUGAGGGCGAUGUACAAGUGAGACCAGAGGGCCUACAAAAACAGCUCACAUCCAAGCACUUCAAGAAGGUAGAAGAAACUACCAGACGGUAUGACGAGUACCGAUUGGCAUGUUUAGGAGAUACGGACAGCUACCUUGCCCACGAUCGGUAUGAAAGAGAUGACGAGUGGCAUCCUCACGCACGAGGAGCUCCUAAUGCCUACAUGGCCAAUGUCCAGCCUCAGGGCCCUGGCUUUCUGCCUAGGGCCGGGAGUUACCCGUGGCAGAGACCUGUACAAGCACCCGUAAACAUGAAUCCAAGCUCGGUGCAAAGACAAGGGGCUGGAGGAUGGUCGAAUAACAUGGAAGCACGUCCCCCUCCUGCUUCUACCUCUGGAUAUCAACCACCUAUGCAACCAUCUCAUGGACAGCCCUCGCAGCAACAAUUCUCACAGCAUCCGGGGCAUAUGCCUGGAAAAGGGCCCGGUACUUCAAACAGUCCAAAUUACACUACGCAAGGUCCCUACCCUUCUCCUCCAGUAGGGAAUAAUGAGCUACAGGGUUACGAUAUGGGAGGCAAUCCACAGGUGAAGCCUAGGGGAGAGCCGAGAAUGGAUGAAUGGAAUGGCGGCGGCCAGCAGCAGCAGCAUUGGCAGCAGAAUCAGAAUGGGUUCAAUUCAUAUUAAGCGAGCGAUAUGUAUUCAUUAUAUCCUAGCGUAUACGGAGAGUAAUGGUCUUAUACAUGAAAUAAUUAGAGUUUUAAUAAAUAAAGAAAAAGGUUUUCCACCAUCCC